AGUUAUUUACAUGAUACAUUUAGGCUUUCCUCUAUUAAAUGCCAAUUUAUCAUCAGGAUUUAAAUAUCUUAAAUGUCGAAAUACGAUUUCUAUUAAUAUUGUGAAUGUCUGUAAUUAGCAUCCAGACUAGUUUGUCUAGGAGAAAUUUAAUUAUUGAUUUUACAAAAUGCAUGCGAAUAAUAUAGAAACGAUGAGUACCUGUACACAAUAAAGUUACCGUGUUAAAAGACAAAGAUGCCAACUAAACCCAAGAGAAAGUUUUAAAAGAUACUAUGCUGCAUGUUUUGAUUUUGCAUGAUGGACUCAUACAGCAGAACGUAAUCCUAUUUAGUAGAUAGGAAAGACUGCAGCCCGUUUAAAACAACCACCUGUUAAUGCCGAGCAGAAGUGCAGCACUGUGUAACACAACAACAACAACAACAACAACAAAGAGGACUAUGCUGCAUGAUGACGUAGGUCGUGCGCAGUCACGGCUGCUUUGGAUGAUACUGUCGAAGCGUGACCGACUGUGACUUCACAGAGCGGCACAGAGGCACCUCGUCAGUUGUUGGUCAGAUCACUCCAUGUGUCCCCGUGUACCGGUGAACACACCGGCGGACUAGAUUCGAAAAUCCCGCCCUGCCUGGCGACUCCUCCGCGCUGCGACCCACACAACGCUCUCCCCGGCCAGCGCAGGCGAUAGUGCGAGCCGUAAGAGCCCCCGGCACGACCGCGCUGGAAGCAGACUAGCACCGCAACAACAGGUGAAACAAGUUUGCUAUGCUCCCGCUCUACCCGCUCGCGGUCGAAGCAGAACCGGUUUCCCUAAAGAUGUGGGUCUCGGAGGACUUGUAGCGGACCAGCGCUGCUCACCGUGGCCGGGAUGAGUGGGAGCUCCGCGGCGCCCGGCGCGGCGCCCUGCCGCUUCGCGCACUACUUUGCCAUCUGCGGGAUAGACACCGACACUGGACUGGAACCGGACGAGUUAGCAGCUUUGUACCAGUGGCUAGAAGCAGACCGUCAGGGCCAGGAUCCAGGCGAUGCAGCCUCAGGUGAGAACCUUGAGCAGAGCCCUCUGAAGAGGACGUUCAAGUCCAAAGUUCUGGCACACUAUCCGGAGAAUGUGGAGUGGAACCCAUUCGACCAGGAUGCUGUCAACAUGCUGUGCAUGCCUAAAGGCCUGUCGUUCAGGACUCAAGCGGACCAGCGCGACCCGCAGUUCCACUCCUUCAUCAUCACGAAGGAGGACGGCUCUCGGACCUACGGCUUUGUCCACACCUUCUACGAGGAAGUGACCAGCCCGCAGAUCUGCUCCGCCAUGCAGACCCUCCACCUGAUGCACAACGCACAGAGCACCACUGGCAACAACCCUUCCUCCGCUUCCUCGUCAUCCUCCUCCAGCAUGGACUCGUUGGCCAGCAGUUUGGACGAGGCCGACCACCCCACCACCUCGUCCCAACGGGCGGGUGGCUACGACUCAUCGCGGGACACCCUCUACGUGUCCAAGGCUAUGUGCCUGAUUACGCCCAUGCCCUUCAUGCACGCCUGCCGUCGCUUCCUGUUGCAGCUGCACAAAGCCGUGUCAUCGCCCACCGCCCCUCCGCUGCCGCUGGAGAGCUACGUCCACAACAUCCUUUAUGAGGUGCCGCUGCCGGCUCCGGGACGUUCGCUCAAGUUCCACGGUGUGUACGAGCCCAUUGUGUGCCAGAGGCCCGGCCCGGGGGAGCUGCAGCUGGCAGACUUCCCUCUUGCUGAGGCCUUCAGUCUGCUGGGAGUGGAGAACCUGGUCCAGGUGUUCACCUGCACCCUGCUGGAGAUGCAGAUCCUGCUGUACUCGCACGACUACCAGCGGUUAAUGACCGUGGCCGAGGGCAUCACCACCCUGCUGUUCCCCUUCCAGUGGCAGCACGUCUAUGUUCCCAUCCUGCCAGCCUCUCUCCUCCACUUCCUGGAUGCUCCUGUACCCUAUCUGAUGGGCCUCCAGUCCAAAGAGGGCGCGGACCGCUCCAAGCUGGAGCUUCCUCAGGAGGCCAACCUGUGUUUUGUGGACAUUGACAACCACUACAUUGAGCUUCCAGAGGACUUUCCCCAGUUCCCCAACAAAACCGAGUUCACACAGGAGCUCAGCGAGGUGCUGCUAAGCUUCAACAUCUCCGCCAACACGGGGGCCCCGCCGCGGACCCGCACCAGUCCCGGCAGCGCUCCCUGUACCCCAGCUAGGGAGCGCAGGCCCGUGGCCCUGCGACAGCUGGAGGACGACGGGCGCAACGGCAACCUGGCAGGGGAGGAGCUGGCUGUGCUGGAGCUGCUGCAGGGGAACGCCACCCUGGAGAGACUUCAGGCGCUCACCAGGCGCACCGGGGUGACGGUGGCCCGCGUGGACGCCUUGAGGGCCGGGGUGAGAGCCCAGGGCAGCGAGGGGCCUGGGGCCCGAACAGCAGCUGAAGAGGAGGAGCUGAGGAACGCCAAGCUGAACGUCCAGCUGAGGGAGGUGUUUGCCAGCCGCUUCACCACCAUGUUUGCAGACUACGAAGCCUUUGUCAUCCAGAGCGCCCCGGACCUGGAGUCCUGGCUCACCAACAGGGAGCAGAUGCACAACUUCGAUAAGGCAUCGUUCCUGUCCGACCAGCCGGAGCCCUACCUCCCCUUCCUCUCCCACUUCAUCGAAACGCAGAUGUUUGCCACCUUCAUCGACAACAAGAUCAUGUCCCAGUGGGAGGAGAAAGAGCCGCUGCUCCGUGUUUUCGACGGCCGCAUUGACAAGGCCCGCCUCUACAACGUCCGCGCUCCCAGCCUCCGCUCCUCCUGCUACCAGAGGUGCUCCAUCCUCAAGGAGUCUGCUCAGGCCAUCGAGCAGCGGCUGAUGAAGAUCGACCACACUGCCAUCCACCCGCACCUGCUGGACAUGAAGAUCGGUCAGGGAAAAUACGAGCAGGGCUUCUUCCCCAAGCUGCAAGCCGACGUGCUCAACACGGGGCCGACCAGUAACAAGUGGUCUCACAGAACGGCGACAGCUCAGCGAAGGAAGGACCGCCACAGACAGCAAACAGAGCACCUGGGCCUCGACAACGACCUGAAAGAGCAGGUGGAGGGCUGUCUGGUCCUGCAGAACUCCAUGGCCUUUUGGGAGUGGGACAAAGCAUCCCCUCCACAUGUCAAACCUCCUAAAAAAUCUGCCUCUGCGUCCUGCCUGAAAUACAUGCAGGAGGCCCGCAUCCUGGGGAAGAACCUCCGGCAGCCCAAACUGUCUGAUCUGUCCCCCGCCGUCAUCGCACAGACCAACUGGAAGUUUGUGGAGGGGCUGCUCAAGGAAUGUCGUAUGAAGACCAAGCGUAUGCUGGUAGAGAAGAUGGGCCGGGAGGCGGUGGAGCUGGGCCACGGCGAGGCCAACAUCACCGGACUGGAGGAGAACACUCUGAUCGCCAGCCUGUGUGACCUUCUGGAAAGGAUAUGGAGCCAUGGGCUGCAGGUCAAACAGGGGAAGUCGGCCCUGUGGUCCCACCUGCUGCACUACCAGGCCCGAGAAGAGAAGCUGGGGCAGCAGCAGGCAGAGUCACCGGUGUCAAAUGUUCCGGAGAGGAGGAAGUCCGACUGUUGCGUAGCAAUGCCGUUUCUACGCGUGUCCCUCACACAGGAUAUGAGGCAUAUCCAGAGCAUGUCCGAGAUAAAGACAGACGUAGGACGAGCGAGGGCCUGGAUCCGCCUGUCCCUGGAGAAGAAGCUGCUCUCUCAACACCUCAAACAGCUUCUGUCCCGACAUGCCUUAACCAGGAAGUUGUACAAGCGCUACGCCUUCCUACGCUGUGAGGAGGAGAAGGAGCAGUUCCUCUUCCACCUGCUGUCGCUCAACACAGUCGACUACUUUUGCUUCACCAGCGUCUUCACCACCAUCAUGAUCCCGUAUCGCGUCAUCAUCAUCCCCAUCAAGAAGCUGAGCAACGCCAUGACCACCUCCAACCCCUGGGUGUGUGUGUCAGGAGAGCUCAGAGACUCAGGCGUCAUGCAGAUCCCCAAGAACGUGCUUGAGAUGACCUUCGACUCUGCUUUCAGGCCUCACACGCACAUCUCCGCCUUGUUCAAGUGUCAGAACCUUGGGAAGCUGACCACGGUGCAGCUGGGGCACGACAACGCGGGCCUCCUGGCUAAAUGGCUGGUGGACUGCGUCCUGGUGCGCAACGAGAUCACAGGACACACAUACAGGUUUCCAUGUGGUCGGUGGCUCGGUAAGGGCGUGGACGACGGCAGCCUGGAGAGGGUCCUGAUUGGUGAGCUGGCAGUGCCCAGUGGAGAGGAGGAUUCUGGGAAAGGCUGCGGGACCCCCCCGCUGCUGCGCUCCCCAUCCCAGGCCAGACGCAUCAGCAUCACGUCGCUGUCUGGACGAGGAAACAAACCAACUUCAGCCCAAAUCCAAGAGGCCAUCGGGGAGGCUGUGAUCAACAUCAUCAAACACUUCCACAAACCCGAGAAAGAGAGAGGCAGCCUCACCGUGCUGCUGUGUGGAGAGAACAGCUUGGUAGCAGCUCUGGAACAGUUCUUCCACUUCGGCUUCAAGGCAGCGCGGCUCUUCCAGAAGACAAUGUUUGUUUGGGACUUUGUAGAGAAGGCUGUUGCCUACAUGGAGUCAGCUGAUCAAAUGGGCGACCUCCAAGAGACUGUAGAGCCCCUGGGGAUGACCUGUCAGUCACUCUGUCACUAUGUCAACGCAAUCAACUCCACCUCGAGGAACAUCGGCAAGGACGGGAAGUUCCAGCUGCUGGUCUGCCUCGGAGCCAGAGAUCGCCUGCUCCCUCAGUGGCUCCCCCUGCUGGUGGAGUGCCCGGUGAUCCCUCGGAUGUACGAAGACACGGCCCUGCUUAGAGACCGCACCAGCGUCAACGCCCUCAUCGGGGUCCUGGAGACGCUCCACGAAUUCCCCGUCACACUGGAAGCCUCGCUGGUCAAAGGCAUCGACCUUUAGCCCCUGGGAGAGGACUGAAUCUUUCCCCCACUGCCACCCUCCUACUGUUAGCCCAUUGGCUCUGGAUGAGACACAUGACCAGGGAAGGAGGAAGUGAGACAAAAAGUCCCACGGCUUCAUAUGAGAGGCUUUGGAUGCAGUAUUAUUCCCCGACCUGAGAGACUCUUUUAAUUCAAUUAGACCCACUGCUUCCUCGUGUUUUAUUUCAGGAACAACAAAUCCCAAUCGCAAUACAUUGCUGCGUAUCAUUUUCCGGAACAUAACAUAUGUUCCAGGUUAGUUACCUUCGGGGGAGCCAUAGGUUGCUUUUUUUUUGUUACGCUUCGAAUUGACACAUUCCAUGAAUAGACCCAAACUAGCAAAGUGUUAGUCUGUGCAUACUUCCUGAUGGCCAUUGGGCCCUCAGCGCCAAGCCCACUACUUUCCUCUGAAAACAGCCUGCAAAUAAAUUGGCUUUAUUUUAAGCUCAAUAAUUCCUAAAUCAAUUUUUACCUUUAGAUUUUAACAAACGUUACUGGAACAGUAAACACUAUUUUUAAGUGGAGGAUAAAAACACAUCUGGUGCUUCAUUGAGUAUUUGUAGGAAGUGCUCGUGAAUGAAUAUGUGCUAUGUGAUAUAUUGGUUAAGGUCAUUGACUCAAACAUUAAAUAUAACGUAGUUCUCUUUUUGUUUUAUUUGCUUUUUUCCCUGCAAGGGUCAUUUUGAUGCACUGUGAUGAAUCUAAACAGUGGCUGCUCAGAGGAAAGCAAAAUGAAGUACUGUUUGGCAGCUUGCUGACAGACGUAGGCUACAGGGCAGAACCACUGGUGUUUCUUUCAACUUUAAGUAGCCCACCUGAAGAUGUGUGUGACUAGAUGAACUGAGAUUUUCACUUUCCUCACCUGCAAACGGCCACCACAGCGCCACCAUUCCUGCACACUAGUUUAGCUUUAGCAUUAGCGUUAGUGUGCAUGCCUAUGGGUGUGAAUUAAAGAGGAGGCUGAGGGAUCACUGCACUGGAUGAUGACCGCGUGUGUGUACUGAAGAGCAACUGUUGCUGUCUGACUGAAUGUAGUAGCUUCUGGAAUAAAAAUGCAUGCCGUAGAGUCAGGAGCACCACUAAUGGAUCUUGAUCUAAUGUCAGUGUUAAAAUGCACCGCUCAACCCCUACUUGUGGUCACUGUAAAGCAGAGGUUGGAGCCAAAGGUUCCAUUUACUGGGAUUGUUUGUCGUCAGCGCCCUGGAGUGCAGGAUGAGUCAUCAAACGUUUGAAAGCACAACAGUAUUUACAGACGCUCCAACGUUUUUAAACAGCAGGAGUAGAGUUUUUUACAGUCUGCAAUUUAAUAAAGAAAAAAAGGAAAAUAUAUUAAUAGAACUACUAAACUAUCAUGUAAUUUGUUGGCAAUACUAAAGUAAAGGAUAUGAAUUUUUUUUGUUUCCUUAAAGGAUAUCUGUUUAAUAUGUUAUGAACCAGCUGUUCAAACUUAAUUCCUCUAUUGCUUGAAUGCAAAAGGACCUGUCAGACAAAAAGGGAAGAACAGGAUUUUUAAUAGUAUUAAAAGUAUUCCAUUGAAAACACAUAGUCCUGGCAGUUCAUGUGUUAUUCCUUUCAAAACAAACUGCAUCCUUUCCUUUGGUAGACUCUCUAAAAACAUAUUUUUCUUCAGACAAUAAAACAUUUUUGCUGCAUGACCGAUUCUUGUCUGAGAAUCUGUGUAAAUACUGUCAUAAGUACAUUCAGUAUGAGCCGUGUUUAGCGCGUCCCCCUCUCAAUAGGGGACUUUUGAAGGGACGUACAGGGGACAACGACCUUGUCUUCCUUGUAUUAGUUUUGCUCUCUGGUGUCAUGAUUUGUUUUGAAUGUCCCAAUUUCAUGUGUGUGUUCUUAUGUGAAUCCAUGACCGCAGCACUGGCAUUGUAAGGUUCAUGAAGCCUGCAUGUCUAUUAAUCCGUAACCACUGUUCCCCCACCCUGUGUUUUCAUCAUGUUCCAACUGCUCUGCAGCUUGUACCCACAAUGCCUCACCUAUAGGGUUACCCAGACUCCCACACUCUUUCCCGUCCUGGAUAUGUUUCUGUCUUUGGGAGUGAAUGAAAAUUUCUGAUGGAACCGAUUGUUGUGGACAGUUAGAGAUUCCUGCACACUUUGCUUAGCACGCACAACGCGGGUUGAUGUUAACCCCGAUCAGCUCAAACAGGAAGUGAUAAUGACAGUGACCGUGCAUCCUGCUCUUGGCAUGAAUCCCCACCGGACAAAUAGUCUAAGACUGACUUCUGUGUUCUUAUAUUUAUUAUGUCUACUUCAAUAAAAACACCCAGUGUGUUAACAGUU